GGGCCGGCGCCUUCUCCUUGCUUCUUGGGGUCGUGGCCUUGCUCCUGCUGGGCAAGGGAAGCGUCCCGGGCUUUCGCGCGCAGGUGUGCGCGCGUGGGUCCUGACGUGCUCGUGGGUCCACGCUCUGACUCUGCGGGGACAGAAGCAGGAGCCAUGGGCGGGACAGCCAGCACCCGCCGGGUCACCUUCGAGGCGGACGAGAACGAGAACAUCACGGUGGUGAAGGGCAUCCGGCUUUCAGAGAAUGUGAUCGACCGGAUGAAGGAGUCCUCUCCAGCUGGCUCUAAGUCGCAGCGAUAUUCCAGUAUUUAUGGUGCUUCAGUUUCUGAUGAAGAAUUGAAAAGAAGAGUAGCUGAGGAGCUGGCACUGGAGCAAGCCAAGAAGGAGUCAGAAAACCAGAGACGCCUUAAGCAAGCCAGGGACCUAGAGCGAGAGAGGGCUGCAGCCAAUGACCAGCUGACCAGAGCUAUCCUGCGGGAAAGAAUAUCCAGCGAGGAGGAACGCUCAAAGGCAAAGCAUCUGGCUCGGCAGCUGGAAGAGAAGGACCGAGUGAUACGGAAGCAGGAUGCGUUCUACAAAGAGCAGCUGGCCAGACUGGAGGAGCGGAGCUCAGAGUUCUACAAAGUCACCACCGAGGAGUAUCAGAAAGCUGCUGAAGAGGUGGAAGCCAAGUUCAAGCGGUAUGAAUACCAUCCUGUCUGUGCAGAUCUGCAGACCAAAAUCCUCCAGUGUUACCGCCAGAACACCCAGCAGACACUCAGCUGCUCCGCUCUGGCCAGCCAGUACAUGCACUGUGUCAACCAUGCCAAACAGAGCAUGCUGGAGAAGGGAGGAUAAACCCACCUGAGAACACACAAGCUCCUUCAACGUUAAUUCCAGAGGUGGAACAUUUUUCUUUCCCUACUAAGAAAAUGACCCAACUGAAGAGAAGACCACUAAAGACAGACAGGCACUAGAAAAUGGACUCAGCAGAAUCGUAACAUGUUUUGAUCAACAGUUUAAAAAGCCAAGGUUUAGAUCAGGGAUCAGUCAUCAAAGAACACUGUUAGGUGUUCAUAAAACCCACAAAUGAAUAAAAGAGAAAAGCGUCC